GUCACGCCGCUGCGAUAUCUCCACCUUCAUGGCGGACAGAUCAUCGCCAUGCCGACAAAGCCUCCGUCCAGCAUGCGGGUGGUGAAUCUGAGCAACGCCUCGGUGCGGUAUUGGCUGCGACUUGGCUGUGCCUAGCCUACGGUACCAAAACUAAGACCGAGUCUGGAGAGAAGGCCAACGGCGAACCUUCAAAUUUCGAUCCGGACUUGCUCGCGCAGCGGGCAGAAGUGGUCAUGUUGGGCAAACUUCAUCCUGUCUCCCUGCUAGAUGAUGUUCGAGGAACGCUGGGGUCUCGUUUGAAGAGCUUGGCUGGCAAGAGCACGGUGGACACCGUCACAAGUCAGAUUCGGGACUUGAUGCAUGAAGACCUGUCCAAGGCGAAGAAAUUUGGUGCCAAGUUUUCGCAUCGCCUUGCGGAAAAAGGCUCGGUGAAGUACUAUGUCCUCUAUGCCCAGACGCCAGCAGUGUUCAAGCACAAGCGGCCGAGCGUGGAUGACGCGACGGCCCUUAUGCGGGAAUGCACUGACGAGCACGUCAAGUUCUUGGCGGGCUUCUUCAUGAAGGCAAACUUUCUGGCCGAGCAUAGGAAACGCAAGCAGGUGGACAAAUGGGACAUUCAGCCCAACUGA